UUGACUGGAUGAUGCUGACGUCAGUCAUAAUGUCCUUGCCGCCUACUUCCGCCCAUCGGAAAGGCUGAAUUGAACUGUCCUCGACUGUUUACGUUUGUAGCUCCCUCAUUCGAACCACAGACGCUGUGUUUCAGGUGUCAGCGAUGUUCCGAGGGAGUCCAGGCAGGGGGCUCGCUAGUUACUUUCAACAUGACUUGUGACUGACUGUGUCUUCUCGACCACUAUGAACAGCGAAGAGGAGUUUUACGACGCCGAGACAGGGCUGGAGUCGGAUGAUUCCUUGGAGGUCAGUUUCAAGGAUGCUCUGGUGUUUGAAAGCAGCAAGCAUGUCAACGAUGGCUCUGCUGCAAAGUACGAUGCGGCCUUUCAGCGGAGGAAAACCCUGCCUGCCGAAACAAUUACCAGACCUAAUUUCAGUGUGACAAGCAUACUGAGGAAAUGUAUCGGAAUGGAGCUGUCCAAAAUAGCCAUGCCAAUUGUGUUUAAUGAGCCACUCAGCUUCCUCCAGAGACUCUCGGAGUACAUGGAACACACACACCUCAUCCACAGAGCCUGCAGUCUGCCUGACUCGAUAGAUCGCAUGCAGGUUGUUGCUGCUUUUGCUGUUUCAGCUGUAGCAUCUCAAUCAGAACGGACUGGGAAACCAUUUAAUCCUUUACUGGGGGAGACUUUUGAGCUCACGAGGGAGGAAGAAGGCUACAGAUUGAUCUCAGAGCAGGUGAGCCAUCACCCACCUGUCAGUGCCUUCCACGCAGAGUCUCUGAAGCAAGAAUUUGCAUUCCAUGGAUCGGUUCACCCCAAACUCAAAUUCUGGGGUAAAAGUGUGGAGGCCGAGCCCAAGGGCACCAUGACACUGGAGUUACUAAAACAUAAAGAAUCAUACACGUGGACCAACCCAAUGUGCUGCAUUCAUAACGUCAUCAUAGGAAAGCUUUGGAUCGAGCAGUACGGAACGGUGGAGAUAGUUAACCACAGCACGGGAGAAAAGUGUGUGUUGAACUUCAAACCGUGCGGAAUGUUCGGGAAAGAGAUGCACAAAGUGGAGGGUUACAUACAAGACAGAAGUAAGAAGAAACGGUGCAUGAUUUACGGCAAGUGGACCGAGUGCAUGUACAGCGUGGAGCCCAGGGUUUAUGAAGCAUACAAGAAGUCUGACAAAAAAGCGGGAGCAGACGCAAAGAAACAGAAGCAGGAAAAUAACUGUGAAGAUGAGAAUGCGGUUCAAGAGACUGUGACUGUAAUACCAGGAAGUGCCUUACUCUGGAGGAUUUCGCCACGUCCCGCUCACUCGGCAAAGAUGUACAACUUUUCCAGCUUUGCAGUGACACUCAACGAGCUGGAGCCCGGUAUGGAGCGACUCUUGGCGCCAACCGACUGCCGGCAGAGGCCCGACAUCCGAGCCAUGGAGAGCGGGGACCUAGACACGGCAAGUGCGGAGAAGGAACGCCUGGAGGAGAAACAGAGGGCUGCACGCAAAGAGCGAUCUAAGGAAGAAGAAGAGUGGUCGACUAGGUGGUUUCGGCUGGGAACCAACCCUCACACUGGUGCUGAAGAUUGGCUGUACAAAGGUGGAUACUUUGACAGGAACUUUGCUGACUGUCCCAACAUUUACUGAUAAUGGAAGAUGUUUUCAAUUGAUUUCUCUCAGCAUCUUAAGAUAGGUGUGAAGUAUGGGGCGGUUCUGUGGUAGUGUUUGACCUGAUCAUAUCCGUGAUGGUGAAUACCACCCACGGGAAAGGUUCUAGAAAGUUUACCUAUCGUAGAAUUUAUGCCCAUUAUUGUUACCGUUGAUAUCCUCUACUAAUCAUAGUCCAAAUAGAGUAAAAGUUACACUGCUGUCAGGAUUUUAAACAACCCAUGUGGGCUCUGCAGGGACAUAUGUCCAGCCCGUUUAAGUUCAAGUGCUAAACGUCAAUGUUUCACACCACCAAUGUAUAAAAAGUUUUGUGAAAUAUCAGGGUUUAUUUAAACAACACACAAGGUUUUUGCGAUGUUAUUAGAACAUAAAAUGCUGAGCAACCCGCUCUCAACACUUUUUCUCUACAAGUAGGAAACCUACAAAAGAAAGCUGCUUCCCCCCAAUUUGCUUGCACAGCAAAAUGUUAUUGUUGCAGCAUUCUGUUGUCUGUUAUAGCUGAUGUGUAGGAUUUUAGGGUUAAGCCAAAAAGUGUCUCUGGCACUGAGGGGCAUUUCAUAUCAAACUUAAAAGCAAAGGGAUCAGGGGCAUUUUUAGUUCAACCGAAAGCUGUGACUAUGUAAUUUAUUUUGACUUUUUAUCUUUUACAAAAAUACCAAUAAUCCAGAUUUAUACAGGUAUAAAUCGUUUUCUUCUGACAACCAAGCUCCUGUGUAAGGAAAAAGGCCUGAAUCUAUGCAAAACAUGAAAAAUAUAAACAUUUAAUUCCAACUUGUGAUCACAACUGUGGGAGUGUCUAUUGUAUGCCAUGCAAGACACCUAUUGGAAAAUGUUCAUUUUUGUUACAGAGCAUUAAUAUUGCCUAAAACUGCACAGUUCUAUGCACGUAUUGUUUGGUGAACUAUCGAUUUCCAAGCACUUUCAACCUCGCAGACACUAAAGGCGCAGGUUCAUAUGCUUCCUGACUAGGAUGUUGAUAUAUUUAAGAGUUUACAUACUGUAUGUUCAGUGAUUAUCCCUCUGUCUCAAAACACAUCCACACCCAAACCAGGUAUACUAAAUACAUUAAAAUAUGGACUAUGAAAAAGAACAGUUCCUGUCUU